AUGGCUCCCGUGCAACCCGAGAACCAACAGUCCGGCAGCGCUGCCGCCGCCCCCCCCCUGAACAAUCAGCAGGCCCAGGCGCCGCAGCAGCAGGACGAGAUGCAGGAGAUCGCGCUGCAGCCCAUGGCCUCACAACCGAUGGACCCCGAGCGCCCGCACCAGGACUCGCAGCUGGGCCUGCGCGGCGGCGACCGCGGCGGCUUCUGCUUCUGCAUCCCGCGCCCGCUCCCCUGCGACUUCUGCAUCAUCUAG